UGUAUAAUUUUUUCUUUGAGAAAAUAUAUGAAGCUGGAGGGAGAAUAAUUUAUUAGUGUCCAUCCUUCUAUGAAUAAUGCAAUUAUUGUCUCAUUGUAUAAAAAAAGAGAAACAAUUGACAUUAAGUUUGAAAACCAGUAAAAAUAAUGAAUGAUGUAUUCUCAUAAUUAUAUAUUGGAUUGAAGAUUAUGCAACACGAUGUUAUAAAGACUGUAGAUCCAUAUAUCUUAAAAUAAAAGUAUCGUACUCUUGCAGAAUUACUCAUUCAUCGUUCAGACCGUGAAGCGAUUGAGUGAUUUGUUUAUUUUGCCAGUGUCUUGAUUAAUUCUAUUACAAUAACUACAGGAAUUUAUAAACAAUAUAUAAUGUUUUUCACGAUCUUAUUGAGCUUCUUUACACUUCUAUUUGUAUUACAUUGCUUCAUAAGAUAUGGAAGAAUAGGAAGAAUCGCUAAUGGAAUUCCUGGACUGCAAGCAUUACCGGUAAUAGGAAAUUUAUAUCAUCUUCAAGUUGAUAACGAACACUUACUUGAAAAACUUUGGGAAAUUAAUAAGAAGUUUUCUCGAAUCCAUAGACUCUGGUCCUUUUCUUUUUCGUUAAUAAAUCUAUUUCAUCCGGAAGAUGUUGAGGCAUUAUUGAAGAGUACCCAACAUUUACACAAAAAAAUACCUUACGACUUUUUAAAACCUUGGCUUUGCAAUGGAUUAAUAACUGGUGCAGGCGAAACAUGGCAGCAGCGACGAAAAAUCUUGACACCUACCUUUCAUUUUAAUAUUCUUAAACACUUUAUCGUCACUUUUAAUGAAGAAGCACAGCAUCUUGUAACGUCGUUGAAAAAGGAAGGAAAAGGAGAUCCGAUCGUUAAAGAUCUACAGGAACUUAUACCCAAACAUACUUUAAAUGUGAUAUGCGAAACGGCUAUGGGAAUCAAUUUAAGAGGAAUGGGCGAAUUUGCAACUAAAUAUCGCGAAGCCGUUCAUACUUUCGGCAAAAACGCAAUCUAUAGAGUAACAAGACCUUGGUAUCACAUCGAUAUUAUAUUUGCAUUAUCGCAACGUGGUCGGCAACAAAAGGAAUUGUUAAAAACGCUUCAUGGUUUGUCGAGGAAGAUAAUAGCAGAAAGGAGACUUUUCCACGAACAAACUGAAAGAAAAUAUUUACAAAAUAUUGAAGAAAUGGAUGAGGGUCAAACUUUGUUAGAAAAAACUGACGAUUAUAAUAAGAAUCCGAUAUUCAAGAAAAAAUUGGCUAUGCUAGAUUUACUUAUUGCCGCUUCUCUGAAUGAUAAUAAAAUCGAUGAUGAAGGAAUUCGAGAAGAAGUCGAUACUUUUAUGUUCGCGGGUCACGACACUACGGCAAUGGCAUUGUGCUUUGCUUUGCUUCUUUUUGCAAAACAUAAAGAUGUUCAGGAACGUAUAAGAAAGGAAGUAAAUACGGUUAUGCAACAAAAUGAUGGUAAACUGACUAUUCCAAUGAUUCAAGAAUUUUCAUAUCUGGAAAGAUGUAUAAAAGAAUCACUUCGUUUGUAUCCAAGCGUUCAUACUAUAGCUCGUUAUAUGUUUAAUGAUAUGCAACUGAAGAAUUAUUUAAUCCCAAGUAAUACGAUCUGUAAAGUAAGUAUUUACAGUUUACAUAGAAAUCCAGAAUUUUGGCCAAAACCCGAUAUGUUCGAUCCGGAUAGAUUUUUACCGGAAAAUGUUAAGGGACGUAAUCCUUAUUCCUACGUCCCAUUUAGUGCAGGACCAAGAAACUGUAUAGGUCAGAAAUUUGCAAUGCUUGAGCUCAAACUCAUGGUAACUUACAUAUUGCACAACUUUUAUUUGGAACCUGUGGAUGAACUGGAUGACGUUAAAAUGAUAGGAGAUAUUAUUCUACGCUCGCCAAAACCACUUCGUGUCAAAUUUAUACCUAUAAAAUGACUGAAAUCGAAUUUUUCCAUAUUCCAUUUUCUCCAAAAUAAGAUAUAUUGGAAUUCUGCAAAAAAUAUUGGCAAGCCAUUUAUUAGCUACAACUGAAAGAUAGAUCUCGUACAUUUUUAAUAAGUACAAAUUUAAUCUAUAAACUCCUGCAAAUUUUUAUUAUUCGUAUGAUCGUUUCGUUGAUAAAAUCAAGGUGCGAAUAUAUCAAUACAUUGUUCUCAAGAUAAAAUAAUUUUGUCAACGUUAUAUAAAUAUAAAUAAAUAUUUUGUACUGGACAGUCGUAUCAGAUAGUAAACGAAAGAUAAUGGGA